GUGUCCAGUUCAUUGUUUCACAAUUCACAAUUUAGGUGUUCAUGUAUGUUCGAAAUUAUUUUGUUAAAACGAAGUUAAAAAAUUUAAAUUAUCAAGUCUAACAUUUAUAUUCCAAUUGGAAAUGUCUGACGAAGAAUCACAAAAAGUUGCAGGUCAUCCUCCAGCAGUAAAAGCUGGUGGUAUGAGAAUUGUUCAACAUAAAAAUCCUCAUCCCGAAAGACCAGCAAAAGAUGCUGAGGAUUGUACAGGUUUGACUCAACCAGUCAAUAUUCAAAAUGCUAUGUCGGUUAGUGGUGCUCCUGCUAAGGGUAAUGUAGAUUAUUCACCAGCUGCGGCACAAGUGGCUCAUUCGCCAAAGCCACCAAAUCAAAUUCCGCAUAAGCCUAUUAAUAAUAUUCAACAACCCAGGAAGUAGAUCUUAGAUUCUGUUUACAUAAUACGCUAUAUUUUUUAAAUUGUUUUUUAAAAAAAGAGCAAGACCAUGGAUUCUUUCCUAAAACUGGAUAACAAGGUGUUUUUUGAUUCAUUCCUUUUUUUAUUUAGUUUAAGUAUAUGAACCGUUUUUAGAAUAUUUUGCUGUUUAUAUUAUAAUCAAAAUAUUUAAUAUACAAUCAAAACUUCAUUUUUUUUAAUCUAUUUUUAAAACUAACUAAAAACCAAGAAAUUAUUUUCUAAAAUUAAAUAAAAGUGGGAAAAUUUUUAAAUUUCAUAAUUA